AUGUCGAUGCUGACUACAAGGGCCUGCAGACUCGUCCUCAGACGGACACUUGUCUCCCACCGUGGACUCGCAACUACCACCAACACUAUCGUCCCCCCUCCCUCUUCCACUUCUACCGACUCUUCUUCCUCGUCCACCAACAACAACCAGUCCGCCUCAACCACCACUUCUCCUUCCACCUCCACCAAGACUGCCACCGACAAAACAAAGAAAAAGCACAUCGUCUUUGGAAACCGCGGCCCGUCCCUCCAAGACUUUCUCAAUUCAACCACCACCUCCCCCUCCUCAAAACCCGCACUCGACCCCACAACAACAACGCCCCUCGACAUUCCCUACCUCUCCAUGAAAGGCCGCCAACUCGGACAAGGAUCGAAAUACUUUGUAGAAGUCUACGGCUGCCAAAUGAACGUCAACGAUACCGAGAUCCUGAUGGCCAUCAUGAACGGGGCCGGGUACACCAAAGCCGACGAUCAUGAGGAUGCAGAUAUCGUGUUUCUGGUGACUUGUGCGAUUCGGGAGAAUGCCGAGACGAGGAUUUGGAACCGAUUGGCGGAUUUGAAGAGGAAAAGGUUGGGGCCUUUGAAGGAUCGUGCGCCGCUUGUUGGUGUCCUUGGCUGCAUGGCGGAGAGACUGAAGGACAAGUUACUGGACUCAGACAAGAUGGUCGACUUAGUCUGUGGACCAGACGCAUACAGAUCCAUCCCGCACCUCCUUUCCAUCUCUGAAACCACCCGUCAGGGCGUCGCAAACGUCAUGCUCUCUGCCGACGAAACCUAUGCCGACAUUGUCCCACUCCGCAUCUCCCCCGAAUCCUUCUCGGCCCACUUGUCGAUCAUGCGUGGAUGCAACAAUAUGUGUUCCUUCUGUGUAGUGCCAUUCACGAGAGGCAAUGAGAGGUCAAGGGAUGUGGAGAGUAUUCUGAAGGAAGUCAAGCAGUUGAGUGAUCAGGGGGUCAAGGAUCUGACGCUGUUGGGCCAGAAUGUGAAUUCGUAUCGGGAUACGAGUAAGGAUGGAGUUGAGCUUUCGGAGGGCGUAGGCGCAGAACUGAGUAACCCUGGGUUCAAUACGAUCUACAAGCGCAAGGAUGGUGGCAUGCGGUUCACAGAGUUGCUGGACAAAGUUUCGUUGAUCGACCCGGAGAUGCGGAUCCGGUUCACGUCCCCACAUCCAAAGGAUUUCCCGACAGCGCUGUUGCACCUCAUGGCAUCCCGUCCCAAUAUCUGUUCUCAGAUCCAUAUGCCCGCCCAGUCUGGGUCUACAACCGUCCUCUCCAAGAUGCGACGCGGCUACUCUCGCGAGGCGUACUUUGAACUCGUCGACAACAUCCGAACCAUUGUUCCUGGCGUUGCGCUCUCUUCGGAUUUCAUUACGGGAUUCUGUGGCGAGACGGAUGAAGACCAUAAGGACACCAUGGACCUAAUGCGCAGGGUUGAGUACGAGAUGGCGUACAUGUUCAUGUACUCUCGUCGUGAGGGGACACAUGCGGGCCGCAGACUGCAGGAUGAUGUCCCUGAGGAUGUCAAACUGAGGCGGUUGCAGGAUAUCAUUGGAAUCUUCCACAAGGGUGCCGAGAACCGGUUCCGUGCACGUGUGGGGCUCCCUGCUGGAGAGUGUGUGCUUGUCGAGGGACGGAGUCGGAGGGACAAGAGUCGGUGGAUUGGUCGUGCAGAUGGAGGGUUCAAGAUUGUGUUUGAUGAUGACUUGAUCCUCCCCACUAUUGAGUCCUCCUUGACUUCUGGGGGUGUAGGUGGAGGAGAGAAGGGACGGGUCCAGAUCAAAUUGGGGGAUUAUGUCCAGGUGGUCACGACAAGUGCGACUAGCACGUCAUUCCAGGGUAAGGCUGUUGCUCGGACGUCUUUGACAGAGUUCAGUCGCUUCCAGUCUUUGCUCAACCAAGGGUCUGUUGGUCGUAUGUCUUCCGGAUUUGGCGUCGCCCUGCCACCUGUCGCUUCGCAGCUCGGACUUGGUGGCCAUGCUACCUUGAACAUCUCUCCUUAG